UAAAGUAGAAGGAAAAUGAUAGCCCCAGUAAGAACACACACAAAUAAAUACUUCCAGAAGGAUCCUCCCCUAUUGACAUUAACAUCCUCGAAAACGUUGUUUGGAGCUGUUUCUUUCUCAGCUGUUCCAGCUUCUUUUGCUUCAUCUCCUUAGACCAAACCGAUCACCAUUUCUCUCCACACUGGCACACUCCAGAUUGGGAACUUUGAGUGAAUGCAAGUUCUAAGGCCUGCCCGCCUGCCAUAUACCUCUACUCCUCUAGGGAAGACUCUCUGUGAUGGAUCUAAAACCUGCCAAUAGUGUGGAGAAUAAAGGUAUCGAGCAAGGGAUCAAGGAUGAGCUGUGGCCGCUUGAUGAAAUAGAUCCAAAGAACGCAAAGUUCCCGUGUUGUUUGGUUUGGACACCCCUCCCGGUGGUCUCGUGGUUGGCUCCUUUCAUUGGUCAUGUUGGAUUGUGCAGGGAGGAUGGCGCUGUAAUAAACUUUUCGGGAUCCAGCUUUGUCAAUGUUAAUGAUUUUCCAUAUGGUGCUGUGGCUAAAUACCUUCAACUAGACAGAGAGCAGUGCUGUUUUCCUCCAAACCUCGCUGGGCAUUCGUGCACACAACGCUAUAAACAUGCCGAGUUUGGAACUGCGAUUAGUUGGGAUGAUGCCAUCCACUCCAGUAUCCGCCACUUUGAGCAUAGAUCGUUCAAUCUAUUCACGUGCAACAGCCACUCGUUUGCUGCAAACUGCUUGAACAGGAUGAGCUACGGUGGGUCAAUGGAUUGGAACAUGAUUAACAUUGCAGCUCUUAUAUUGCUCAAGGGGCACUGGGUCGACGGCCUUUCCAUCUUGAGGUCAUUUUUCCCUUUCGUGUUUGUACUAUCCCUGGGUAUUUUAAUGGUGGGAUGGCCCUUUUUCAUCGCCCUGUUUUCAUUUUCGCUGCUCAUUCUUGGAUGGUUUCUUGUGGGUACAUACUUUGUCAAAAACCUUUUGGAAUGCUAAAAUCUUGUGUCUUCUAACAAUUAUGUCAAGAUUAUACUGAGGAAAACCCCAACUUGUAAUCCCCUUGCUGAAACAACAAAAAUUACUCUCAAGUGGUACCAUACAAAUGCUGAACUCAGAAAUCUCUUAUCAUCAUCAGCACUUAGGAAAAUUUGCAUUUUUUUAAUCCCUGGUUAUUAACUUUGUAUAUGUAGUUUUUAGAUGUGUUAUAAUAUUGUGUUUUGAGUUCUUAGAUGUUA